AUACGUGUCAUGCAUGCGCAGUAAUACCGCUUCCGGUUAAACAACUGUUAAUUUUGUAAACAUUUACUUAACUUUGCCAGUCACUGGCAAUAAGAAAACAUAUCUUAUGCGAUGUUUAAAAACUUAAAAAAGAAAUUAGAGCAAGGCGUGAGUCAAUCGCCGCUCAAAGGAGCUCUUACGUCUGCUUCCAGAUUACUAGAAGACAAGAUCAAAGAUGGUGACCCACCACUCGCGGAAAGCACACCAAAGAAGAAAGCAGGCUCUGAGGACAGUAACCAGUUCAGCAGUUCUGAUGUGUCUGGCUAUGCUACGGCUAACCAGUCUGUGGAAGGAAGCCCGGCAAAUGUGCCUACGGGGCAGCUGAUUGAUAUUCCCCUGCAUUCACCAAACAAUCAGACAGAGGCAGGUGAUGUCACACCCCGGGCCUCUCGUUCCCGCACUUCCUCCAUCAGCUCCAUGACGAGUGAAGGGUCGUUCUUCACCAACAUGAGCUUCAGUAACAUGCAGUACAACCUCCCGUCUGACCUGGAGUCAGAGAUGGAUGAGAGCGGGACGGACCUGAACACUGUCUCGAAGGAGGACCUGUACCACUAUAUACAAAAAUACCAGAGACGAGCCACAAGGUACAAAUCCAAGUUCAUGGACCUGGUGGCCGUAUACAAAGACAUGGUACAAGAACGAGACAAGUUCAAGUCGACGUUGACCCAAACUCAAGACCGGGCUUUCCGUCGUAUCUCGGAGCUGAAAGAGCAGAUUGCCCUGGACCAGCAGGCCAAGAGAGACCUUGAGGAGAACUAUAACCUUGUCAUAGAGGAGAAAGGAGAGUUUAUAACAGUCCUUCAAAAACAGGUGGCACUCCUGAAAGAGGGAAAAGACAUCCCACCAGAACUUCAGGAUAGAAUCCAGGCAGCAAGGGCCCAGCAGCUGCAACAACAACAACAACAACAGCAGCAACAACAACAGCAGUUAGAGGCAAUGCCCUCGCAGCAGGCUGAACUGGCAGCAUUGCAAGAAAAGGUAAAACACCAGGAGGGGUUGUUGCAACGCUGCAAGGAGAUCAUAAAAUCCAGCAAGGAGAAACAGGCGGCCAUGCUGACAGAUAAAGCACGUGUGGACCAGGAGUUGAGUGAGCUGCAAGUCCAGUUUGAAAAACUGCAGAGUUCCCCGGAGACAGUGAGUAAGUUACAGCAACAGAUACGUCAGGCCCGAGAGGUGAUAGAACAGUUAGAGACAGACAGACAGAUAGCUAUCGCAGAGGUGAAGCAGCAAGUUCAUGAAGAGAUGGAGAGGAAGGAUGAAGAAAUCUCAAGUUCCAGGUCACAGGCACAGACACUCGGUCAGGAGAAUACGCAGCUGAAGGAGCGCAUAGAAAAGCUGGAAAAAGCUUCAACAGAUCAGUUGGAGAAAUCCCGUGAAAUCAUCAAGCGUUUGAAAGCGGAGAAGUCAGAGGCUAUUGCUGAUCUGGAGUCCAGACUGAAGGAGUACGAAACAAAGAUGAACAUGGAGAAUGAGAACCUGCAGAAACAGGGCAGUGACACAGUGAAUCAGGAACAAGAGUUGGCCCAACUGCAAGCGAGACUUGCACACAGUGAGGAAGAUUUCAGACAGAUGAACGAACAGCACAACCGCACACUUCAGGAGAGCAGAGAAUUGGAGACGCUGGUCCAACAGAUGCAAGCUGAGGCCGACAGACAGAAGGAGGAAUAUGAGAGACUGGUAGGGGAGGCCCGUCACACGACAGAGACCAGUCUGGCCCAGUUGGCUGCCGACCACGAGAAAUACGUGGCCGAGAUCCUUACCCAGCAUGAGACCAGCCUGCAGGAGAAGGCUGAGGAACAUACAGCGCAUGAGAGGGAGCUUGUCAAUAGAUACGAGGCUCAGUUGAAGGCUGCUAGUGAGGACCAAGUGAGAGUCAGUGAGUCAGCCAGUCAGGUCACUGAGCUACAGGAGGCUCUGAAAGAGAGACAAGAGCAGUUGGACAAAGUCAACAUAACACUGAACACUCUCAGGGCCGACCUCUCUCUAAAAGAGCAAGAGCUGGAGCAACGAAGCCUGGAGUUCAGGACCAAAAUGGAAGAAGCAAACAUCGGUUACCGGGAGCAACUCGCUCGCUGUGACGAGCUACAGGCAGAACUGGACAACAUGCGCACAGAAUACGAGACUGGUCGUGCCGCCAUGGAAACGGAGUUGGCGGAACUGCGCAUACACAUCAUGGCGACAGAGGAACGGAACCAGGAGAUGGUUGAAGAGAAUAAUAACCUACAGAGGGACCUUCAGACACAUGCAGAGUCCACUGCAGCCAUUCAGACUUUGCAAGGCGAUAACGCGAACCUAAUGACGGAACUGACCAGUCAGAGAGAAGCGAACACGGAGUUGCAGUCCCGUCUAGACACCCUGCAAUUUGAGCUCAACGCUGACUCGGAACAAAGGCAUAAGAGUCUUGCCUUACAGGUGAGUGAGUUGGAGAAAGAAAAACAGGAGGCAGAAGAGUUGAGACUGAAGCUACAGAUGUUAACACUGGAGUCAGCACAUAAGGACGCAGAGCUGGGCCGACUGACUUCUGAAACCUCAGAUAAGGCAGGUGUCAUUGUAGGCCUUGAGCUGGAAAAAGAGCAGGCCAAGAACGAUGUGACUGAGUUGGAGAACAUGGUUGAAGGCCUUAAAUUAGAGAAAGAUCAAGCGGAGAACAGUCUGGCAGAGUUAGAGAAAGCGUUGACUGAGAUGAGAGAGACUCGCACUGAAUUGGAACAUGAGUUAAAGGACUGUAAGUCUCAGUUAGAGGACUUGAAGGGGCAAUUAGAGAAGGUAAAUCAGGUGAAUGUAGAACUUGGUAAAGAUUUGAAUGAGCAGAAAAUUGAUAUGGAGACGAAGGUUUCUGGUUUGGAAAAUGAAAUGAGAAAAGCACAUGAGAAAUUAGAAGAAACCAAGAAAAUUCAUGCUGAUGACAUUAAUAAAUCUGAAGAGAGUUUUAAAGUGCAGUUAUUGGAAAAGCAGAAUCAAUAUAAGGAAAGUUUCCAGAAAAUGAAGGAAAAGUUUCAAGAAAAGGUUAAGGAGAAAGAAAAUAUGUUUGAAUCUAAAUUGGCAGAAUUAAUGAAAGAAAAAGACUCGACUUCAGUGGAAAUAAGUGCAAAUUUGGAAAGCCAUUACCAGUCUGUGAUUAAUGAUCUGAAAACAGAAUACGAGCAACAGGUAGAGAAUUUAAAGACAGAAAUUAGUAAGCAUGUGGAAGAUCUGCAGUCUGCAGAGAAGCGGUUUAAGCUUCAGGAGACUGAAAUGAGAACGGAGAACAACAAUGUGAAGGAAAACUUAAUGCAGGAACUUCACAAAGCCAAACAAGAAUUAUUAGCUUUAGAACAAAUCCAUACACAGCUUGUACACAAAAAGAGUGAGCUUGACAACCAUAAUAAACAACUUGAACAGAAAUUAGAAUACAUUACUCAGCAGUUGCAACAGUCUAAAGAACAAGCUUCGCACGAAGUUGUUUCAUUAGCUGAGAAACAUGAUUACGAAAUGAUAGAAAAGAAUAACAAGAUAUCAGAACUUUCCAGUGCUCUCACUGAUGUAAACAACACAAAUACCUCAUUAGAAGAAAUGCUAAAAGAAAUUAGUUCACAGCAACAAUUUAAAGAUGAUAGGCUAACAAACUUGAUAGAAGAAUAUGAAGCAUUUAAAACUGAAAUGCAGGGAAAAUGUGUUGCUUUGGAGAGUGAAGUAUCCAAUCUGACUGAACACCUCAAUAAAAAAGAAUCAGUGAUACAGAAAAUCUCUGAUGAGCGCGCAGACUUUGAACACAAACUUAAAACCCACUAUGAAUCCAGACUCAGUGAUAUGGCACAAAGUGACGAGGAGUUACAGAGCCAGCUGAAAAUGCUCAAUGAUAAACUCACUGCUACAGAGCAGAAACUUCAAGACUGUAUAGGAGAUUAUGAGAGACAAUUAGAUGAAUACAGAGGAAAACUAGACAGACAGGGUCGGGCGCUAAGUGAAGAAAAAGAAACACUUGCUGCCAAACUGUUUGAGAUGACUCAACAAGCUCAAAAAGAGACAGAGCAACUUCAACAGACUGUAUCUGCAAAACAUUUCGAUGUUGAGAAACUUAAUGAACUUAAUGAACAUCUAGAAAAAGAAGCUGAACGUUGUAAAACUGACAGUAAUGAAUUGAAAAAUCAACUACAUGAACUUAAUAAAGACUUAAAUGAAACUAAAACAAAUUUAACGGAUCUGUCUAGAAAACAUGCUGAUCUUGCAACUGAUUAUGAAACAAAAUUGAUAGCAAUUAAAGAUUUGACAGAAAGGUGUCAAACAUUAGAUGCCUCUGCUAAAAGUGAAAAAGAGUGUCAUACGACUGAACUGCAAAAUCUAGAAAAGACCUGGAUAGAUAAAAUGAAAGCUCUUAAGCAGAAGUACACAGCAAAGUUGAAGGAGAUACAAGGAAACUGGGAAGAAAAGGUUCAUAAAGUUGAAGAGGAUUUGAAACAGAAGGAAGAUAAAAUGAUUAUCCUUGAAGGAAACUUUAAUCAAGCUAAUGAUGAAAAAGAAGCAAUAUCCUCUGAUCUAGCUCAUGCCAACACGAAACUACUGCAGUUGGAACAAAACAGAGAUACCAUACAAGAAUUGGAGCAGCAGAUUGCUACUCUUAAAACACAAGUGUCAGAUAAACAGGGAUUAGAGCAGCAGUUGACACAAACAAAAUUUGAACUAGAGCAACAACUUGCAAUGCUUAAUUCCCACCUGUCUGAUAAACAACAAUCAGAGCAACAGUUGACACAAACUAUAUUUGAUUUAGAGCAACAACUUUCCUCUUUCAAGUCCCAAUUGUCAGAUAAACAAGAAGUUGAGCUUAAACUUAGUCAAUCAAAGUUUGAUAUGGAAUCAGAACUUGCUACAUUAAAAUCUGAUUUGGAAGAUAAAAAGGACAAAGAACAGGACUUGUUAAAAUCAAAAUCUUCACUAGAGCAAGAACUAAGUGCACUUAAAUCAGAACUGUCAAAUAAGAAGGAAAUAGAGCAACAAUUAACAAAAUCAAAAACAGACCUUGAGAAACAAGUGAUUGCCUUAACGACUGAACUAUCAGAGAAGAAGGAAUUUGAGCGACAGUUAACAAUAUCUAAAUCAGAAAUGGAGCAACAGUUGAUUGUUUUAAAAUCAGAGCUGUCAAAUAAAGUAGAGCUUGAGCAGCAGCUAACAAGCACAAAAAGUGAGCUUUCAAAUAAACACGCCCUUGAACAGCAAGUGAAUGUUUUAAAAGCUGAACUGUCAGCUAAACAAAAAGCAUUGCAAGAACUUCAGGAUGAUUAUGGUACUUGUCAGGACCAAAUAAAGGCAACAGCAUCAGCUGUUGAAGAGAAAAAAGAACAAAUGCAACUAGAACUGAGAGAAAAAGAAACACAACUUAAAGCUCUUAAAGUUAAAUAUAACGAGUUAAAUGAACAAUUAGAGGUUUCAAAAAGAACCAUUACUGACAAAGAAGGUGAGUGCAAUGAAAUUGAACAGAGGCUUCAGGACAUUAAACAUGUCCAACAAAAGCACACUGCAGAGAUGGAGGUAUUUUUAAAAAUAAACUCUGAUUUAGAAAAUGAAGUUGCUACGCUGAAAACAUCCCUGCAAAAUACUUGUGAUGAAUGUGAAUUAAUAAAAUCAUCAAAAUUGGCAGUUGAACAAGAGUUAAUUGAAUUUAGAAAACAUUCUGAAGCAACCGAGGAGGAAAAGCUUCACAAAAUAACUGAAAUGGAAGGAAGUAUUCUCGACAAUAAUGUAACAAUUGAAAAACUUACGUUAGAAUUAAGCAAUUUAAAAGCUUAUGAAAUUCAGUUAAAACAAAACCAUGGCAGUGAAAUUUCAAUUCUUAGAGAGACACUUGAAAAGGAGAGUGCAGAUAAAGUGGCUGAAUUCAAAAAGAAAGCUGAAAUGUAUAUAUCUCAAAUAAAGAAGCAGGUUAAAGGUGAAAAUGACACGGUUGUAAAACAGCUCCAGGCAGAUCUUGCAGAAAAGGAGGUAGAAAUUGCUAAACUAAAAGAAACAGGGACUAAGUUAUCAGAAGAAUUGGCAACCAACCACGAAAGCCAUAACCUAGAGAUAAAUAAUUUAAGAGCAGAACUUAACAAAAUUUCAGAAGAAAAUCAACAAGCCAGUGAAAAAAUGCAAGCCGGUUUGAAUGAUUUAGAAACAAAUAUUGACACUCUUAAGUCUGAAAAAUCUGAAUUGAGCACGAGACUACGAGAAGCACAGCUGACAAUAGAAGAAUUAAAUACAGAAAUUGCAUCCCUGAAAUCCAGUUUUGACACAGAAACCCAAAAUGAAUCUGCUAAUAUUGAGCAGUUGGAACUGAGGAUCCAGGAGCAGUCAGCGGAGAUUGAGCUGUUGAAGAAGAGUAAGGCAAUGGAGCUAGAGGACUUGCAGCAGGAGCAUCACUCGAAGGUGAAACAACUGGCCAAGGACUUCAACCAGCAGAUGACAGAGAGGGAAAGACAGUUUGAGCAGCAGCUGGCCCAGGUUAUAGAUCAAAGCACUGUUGAGGAAGACCAACAGCAGCGAGAGAUGAAGGAGCUCCUGUCCGAGGCCCAGCGGGACAUCUACGAGAGAGACGAGAGAAUUGAUGAAAUCAGACUGGAAUACGAGACCAAGCUCAAGGAGAAGGAGAAGAGUCUUCAGGAGCUGGAGUCAAGCCAUCGUCGGUUGAUCACAGAGCUGCAGCAGAGACACGACAUCGAGAUCAUAGAACUCAAGGACACCUGGACCAAAGCUAAGGAGCGUGCAAUCUCUGAGAGAGAGACGAUACAUAAAGAGGAGGUAGACGGUCUGGCACAGGAAUGGCUUACAGAGAGAAAGACUGUUAGUGCCCUGGGGUCAGCUCCCACUACUUAUGAACCACAGGAGCUGCUACACUAUCAUCAGCAGACCAUGGACGUGGUGCAGGCCGGUCUCGGCGUGGGAGAUGUGGGACAUCAGCUGAUACACCUCAACAAGGUCAUAGAGGACAUGAGGGAGAAACACAGAUUGGAGGUCCUAGAGUUGAAAGGAGAGCGUGCCAUGGGAAGGCUGGGGACUCCACUCCUCUCCUUGCCGGCCAAUGGACCCAUAGAGACAGGGGAGGACACUCCUGAGCUGCAGAUAUACAACCUUCGGGCACGAGUGUCUCAGCUGGAGGGAGAGCUGGCUCAGACCCGACUAAGAGAGCGGCAACACUCCGGAAAGGAGAGGAUGCCCCCGUCGAGUCCCGGCUACUUCUCAGAUGGCACACCCACUGGUCCCCUGCUCACUGAACCCACACAACUGGAGUAUUUACGAAAUAUUCUCUACAAGUACAUGAUGGGCGGAGAGAAGAAGACAUUGACCCGAGUGAUAGGCACAGUGGUACAGUUCACCGAAGACCAAAUGAGGCAGCUAUUGGCUAAAGAGGAGAAAAAUAGUUGGCUUCUACCCUCAUAGCGAUGAAAUGUGCCAUGUAUCAUCUGAUAUACGUGCUGAGCGAAAUACACAUAACCGCAGAUGCUUGUAGACGUAAUUAUCCAAUCAGUCGCCCUUUGACGUCAUCGCUGGUGCCUUUGCUUCAUGCAGUCAUCGCCUUGGCCAUCAAUUUUUACUAUAGUUGAUGUCGGUAACUUGUGACCGUGUAAUGUCAUCGUUGAUGUCGCAUUGGGACGUCAUCACUGGCUCCUGUUGGUUUCUGACGGCAUUAUUGAGAUCUUCUUUGUAUUACGUCAUCAUCCGCUAUGUGACUUCGUGACGUCAUCGUUGACUCUAUCGCGUCAUGACGUCAUUAACCACUGUGUCUUUGUUUCGUCUUUACAGUCUGCAUCGCAUCAGACUGCUCUCUCUUCCUGCCAUCUCUACCCGUUAUAAUGGGUACAUUAUUUUGUAAUUUGGUACUGAAUCACCAAAUCAUCCUAGAUAUUUGGUUAUGCUUCCCCUACUCCGCUUUCAGCUUAAUUUAUAUUCACGUAUUGUGCAAUACCUUAUAGUGCCUCUAAGACACGGUUAGUUCAUAUAUCUAGCAUUUUUUUUUUUUUACAUGUGAGAAUUAUCCGAGGUUUAAGGAACAUGUUGACGGCGUAUAAAGUAUCGCAUUUCCCAAUUACAUGAUUAUCUUUACGGUAUUCAUUUUUAUUAAAUGAUUUCUUCAACAAAAUGUAAAUGGUCCGUAGAACAUUUUAGUUUUAUAAUUGUAACCAAGGACACUUUUUGCCAUGCGGUAGUAGUGAUACAAACCAUUAUGGAUGAAAUGUAUUACGGCAAUGCACUCGAACAUUAUUUAUAAUGACACUUUUCAGUGUCUUAAUAUUUUCUUUUAAAUGUGCGCUUUUCAUUCCCACUGGGAAUAUCGGAGUAUCGAUGAAAAGUUAAUUGCCUUGGUUGCAUCUGUUCUUAGGAAUAAAAUGAAAAGUGUAGGGCUACAAGUCACUAAAUGUUCGUGGUUUUAUUGCUCGUGCGCAUAUGGGCAAAUGCCGCCGAUAUGUCCCUUUAACUUGCGUUAGUUUCUUAAGUUAUUUAGUUGUUGAUAUUUUUCGAAUUUUACAUUGUUAAUUGUACAGAUUAUGUACAGAAUUGGUUGUUAAAUGUUGUCGGAACACAUGUAUGUACAUUCCAGGAAAAAAAACGUGUUAUUUGUAUAAUGAAGUAUAUAUAUUUAUCUGAUGAAAUAAAAAUGAUGAAAAUCUC